AUGGCUAAAUUUGUACGAAUUCGUCAUUGUUAUCAUCCUAAGUAUUACUAUGCAAGACAGAGUAACAAAUUAUUUUAUCUUUGUUACAAUGACAAUAGCAUAACAAACGAAACAUUAUUUGUUGACGAAGGCUUAAAACUUAAACUACGACGAUAUGGUUACAAAGAUAUAACUUCUGGUUUAAUAUCAUUAAGUAAUCUAGCAGUUAUUGAUUACCUUGGACAAAUAAUUACAUUAAAUGAUGUUGACGAUCAGUAUCCAAAAUGGUUUCUGUCAUUAACCAAGGAGGACGCAUUGAAGUCUGAAUCUGAACGCAUGCUAAUUUGCAUUGUUGGAAGCAAAAUUCGUUAUAUGUUGCAAACGACAAUAGCACAGUUUUGCAUCUUUGAAAUUUUAACUCUGUCAUUUCGAAUGACAGUGCAUUUACUGCCAAAUGAUUUUAAUAAGACUGAGUUUAUGGAAACUUUGGAAUUCAACGACUCUCAAAUAUUUCCAUCAGUUGAACAUAAGAGACUGCCUGUAAAUGCUUUAGCAUUGAUUAUUACACGACAGGAAUCAAUGAUUGAAACAAGGCAAAUCUCGGGUAAUAUUACUGAUACUCUAGACAUGGAUACAUUUAUCACUAUAAUAUUAGCUAUGCCACUAUAUAUCUUUCUUAUCAUUAUAAUCAGUAUACCACUUAUUAGAUGGAGAAUAAUAAUCUUUGCUGUCUCUUAA